AUGGUUGCGUCCAAUCAACAUGUGGCUACCUUGCGCUUGGCUCAAGCUGCUAUUUUCAAUGGCAAAGGGUUUGAGGACGCAGCUGGCUAUGCUCGUUAUCUCCUUCAGUUCCAAGAUCGUCCACUACAUCCUUCCAUCACUCUCGAUCCAUCCAAGUUCAACAGGUAUGGGAUGGAUAUCCCUCGCCUGAUCAACACCAUUGGCUGGGGUGACAUCCUUCCAAAUCGAAACUUCGGGUUUCGACCCGAAGCUGUGCGCAUGUUUUAUGCGAACAUGAAGCCAUGUCUUCACAUCUCUCCACCAUGUUUCACUGCAAUAGUGUAUAAUUAUCUGAUCACUAUUAAUGUGGAGCUGUUGUCACUGCUGUUUGGCAUUCCUAUCUUUGGAGCUGAAGUCAUGAAUGAGUCUGUCUGA